GUCCGUGGGGAGCUCCCAACACAACAUCAAUAUCGUGUUCCCUUGCUGAUGUAAUGAGUGAACAGCUGGCGAAAGAACUGCAGCUGGAAGAAGAAAAUGCUGCUUUUCCUGAAGUGGUUGCUGUUGCUGAAGGACCGUUUAUUACAGGAGAAAAUGUUGACACUUCUAGCGACCUAAUGCUAGCUCAGAUGCUGCAGAUGGAAUUUGACAGGGAAUAUGAUGCGCAGCUUCGGCGUGAAGAGAAGAAGAUCAAUGGAGAUAGCAAAGUCUCCAUAUCCUUUGAAAAUUAUCGGAAGGUGCAUCCCUAUGACAGUGACAGCUCAGAGGAUGAGGUUGAUUGGCAGGAUACCCGUCAUGAUCCGUAUAGAGCAGAUAAACCUACUACUACACCAAGAAGGGGCUUCAUUGGCAAAGGAAAAGACAUUACUACUAAACAUGAUGAAGUGGUAUGUGGAAGAAAGAACACUGCUCGCAUGGAAAAUUUUGCACCUGAAUUCCAAGUUGGGGAUGGAAUUGGGAUGGACUUAAAGCUGUCAAAUCAAGUCUUCAAUGCCCUAAAGCAACACGCAUACUCUGAGGAACGUCGAAGCGCAAGGCUCCAUGAAAAGAAGGAGCACUCCACUGCUGAGAAAGCAGUGGAUCCUAAAACGCGUUUACUUCUGUACAAGAUGGUCAACGCUGGGAUGCUGGAGACCAUCACAGGCUGCAUCAGCACAGGAAAAGAAUCUGUUGUUUUUCAUGCAUAUGGAGGAAAUGCAACUGAAGAUAAAGUUAUACCUCCAGAAUGUGCCAUCAAAGUGUUUAAAACAACUCUUAAUGAAUUCAAGAACCGUGACAAAUACAUUAAGGAUGACUACAGAUUUAAAGACCGCUUCAGUAAAUUGAAUCCACGAAAGAUUAUUCGUAUGUGGGCUGAGAAAGAAAUGCAUAAUUUAACAAGAAUGCAAAAUGCAGGAAUUCCUUGUCCUCAAGUGGUUAUCCUUAAGAAACACGUCUUGGUUAUGUCUUUCAUUGGCCAGGAUCAAGUCCCAGCUCCUAAACUAAAGGAUGUAACACUUAGUAGUGAAGAUAUGAAAAAGGCCUACUGUCAGAUUCUUAAUAUGAUGCAACAGUUGUAUAAGGAGUGCAACCUGGUCCAUGCAGAUCUAAGUGAAUACAACAUGCUUUGGCAUGAUGGGAAGGUCUGGCUUAUUGAUGUCAGUCAGUCUGUGGAGCCAACCCAUCCUCACGGACUUGAGUUUUUGUUCAGAGACUGUAAGAAUGUUUCACAGUUCUUCCAGAAAGGAGGUGUGGCAGAAGCACUUAAUGAGCGUGAACUCUUCAAUGCUGUCUCGGGUUUAAAUAUUACAGCUGACAAUGAAGUAGACUUCCAAGCAGAGAUUGAAGCUUUGGAGAAGAUGAAUGAAGAUCACGUGCAGAAUCAUGGAAAGAAACUGUCAAUGUUUUCCAGUGAUGGAGACCCACCUAUAUAUGAUGAAUAGCACUGAGUGUAGAGCUGCUAACAAAACGAAACACAAGUUUACUGCUUCUAACUAUGUUGGUGCAGUGGUAAAUGUCAGCUACCAAUGUCAAGAGAAGAGUGGUUGACUGAGAAUACCAAAAUGGAAAACACAGCGAGCAUACGGUGAUGCCUCAGUGUUUUGGUUUUGUUCUUGGUUUGUUUUUUUUUUUUUUUGUUGUUUUUUUAACUUAGCCCACACAUCAGGCUGACACUGUCAGAAUGGACUGUCACUACCUCUUCGGAU